AUGGUUGUGAUUCAUUGUAGGUGCAGAAAUAUACAAGUAAUUGGUUACAUGGAGAAUUGUGUACAAUCUCCUCCUAUUGGUGGUGGCAAUGAAGUAGGAGUCCAAGAUAAGGGUAGUGGUGUUCGGGGUCGUAGGGGUUUGGUUCAGGAGGAUGAUUUGAUCGAGUAUCAAGAUAACUGUCGUGUGUUGGUUCCUUCUGUCGAUGGUGAGAUAACACAACCCAAUGAAGUCAAUGAUGAUGGGAUGCAAUACGUAUCACCAACCAAAACAUUUGAGUCAGUACAAAUAGUAGUAGAAAGUAAUCAUGACUGUGUAGUUAGUUAUUUGGAAGAACCAAAGAUUGGGAUGAUAUUUAGGAAAUGGGAAGAGGUCGAAGAAUAUUAUAUGGAGUAUGCUGAGCAAAAGGGAUUUGGAGUAAGUAGGGUGCAAGGUGUCUAUUCCAAGGGUGAGGUGAGGGAUCGGAUAUCUAUGACAUGGAGGUGUGAGUGUUAUGGCAGACCUGAUAUGAGGGCGCAACGAGAAGCCAAAAAGAGAGCAAAAGCUAUGGAGGCGAGUGGUUCAGGUGGAGUCAUUGGUGGAGUUGUGGGGGAUGAUGAGCUUAGUCGUAGUAAACGAAGGUCGAAGAAAUGUGAGUGUCAAGAUAAUAUUUAUGCUAGUAUUAAUCGGGAAGGUCAAUGGGUAAUUAGGAGAGUGCAGUUGGAGCAUACAGGCCACGCUCCUAUUCCUUCCGAUACUUGUCUUGUCAAAGAGUAUCGAAUGAAACACUUUAAUACAAGAGACAGGAAGACGCUAUAUAACUAUUUUGACAAAGGGGUUCCUGUGAAGCAAAUUCAUGGGUGUAUGGGCACGGAGCUGGCUGGCUCUGACCCUCUAUCGUACACAGUAAAGGACCUUGAGCAUGAGGUCUACAAGCGCGGGAAUCAGAAUUUUUACUAUGCACAUCGGUUAGAUGCUGAGGGACGGUUAAAGGACGUUCUUUGGGUGGAUGCUCGGAGUCGGGCUUCCUAUGAAGAGUUUGGUGAUGUUAUAUGUUUUGAUGCAACGUAUCUGACAAACAACUAUGAUCUCCCGUUUGCCAAUUUUGUAGGUGUUAAUCACCAUGGUCAAUCAAUUCUGCUUGGUUGUGCUUUAGUAUCACACGAAGACUGUGAUACUUUCCGAUGGGUAUUUCAGCAAUGGCUACAUUAUAUGAAUGAAAAUGCUCCAAAAGCAAUUUUGACUGAUCAGGCAGCUGCGAUGAGGCAACCACUGGAGGAGGUCAUGCCAACAACGAGACACCGUUGGUGCAUAUGGCACAUAAUGAGAAAACUUCCGGAAAAGCUAGGGAAAUGUGAUGGGUAUCAAGAUUUUAAAAGCAAGCUAAAGUAUUUGAUAUAUGAAAGCUUUACCAUUCAGGACUUUGAGAAUAGAUGGAGUGAAUUUGUUGUUAAAUACAAAUUGGAAACCAAUGAGUGGCUACAAAUAUUGUACAAGGAACGACAUAUGUGGGUACCGGCCUUUAUGAGGGACUUUUUCUGGGCUGAUAUGAAGACAACACAACGGGUAGAGAGCAUCAACAGCUUUUUUGAUGGAUUUCUGAAUCGAAAAACAAAGCUUUUUGAGUUUCCACAGAAAUACGACAAAGCAAUGGAGAAGCGAAUUGAUGAUGAGACUGAUGCUGAUGCUAAAUGUGGAAAGUACAUUAGAAGACUAGUCACCGGUUUUGCGGUUGAAAAGUUAUUCCAAAAAAUAUAUACAGACACAAAGUUCCAAGAAGUCCGAAUAGAGUGUCGCAGAUUAAUGUAUUGCUACCCUCGUGAAGAGAAUAUACUCUCUGAGACCCUAGUUCAGUAUCUGAUCGAAGGUCGGGUUUGGAUUGUUCCAGAGGGAAAGAGUGAGGCUGUUCUCACAGAUAGGAGGAGGUUUUAUUCGGCUACGUUCCAUACUGAAACGAAAGUAGUUUGCUGUGAUUGCCGAAAAUUUGAAACUGACGGGAUAAUUUGCAGGCACAUCAUUCGUAUUCUUGACCUUAAUCAAGUUGUUGACAUUCCAGAAAGGUAUGUUCUAAAACGCUGGCAAAAAGACUUGUUGAGGAAGCACACAAGAGUUAAGGCUUCCUACCAUAAUCCUUCAAAGGUUGGGGUGUGGAAAAGGUAUAACAUGAUGAUGAAUGCAUUUGAGCAAAGCUGCGAGGAGGCUGCAAUGGUGGAUGAUGGUAUGGUUAAGAACGUUCUCACAACACUAGAUCAACUUCAAUCCAAGAAUGCUGGAUCCUCGACUGAGAAUGGGACUACUUACAUGAUGCAUAAUCCACUUCAUAAUAUAUUUUUACCUAACAUUGCUCCUAUAAAACCGGUUCCUAAUAAGAGAGGCAGAGGGAGGCCGAAAGGAUCGCGUAACAAGGGCCUACCAAGUAGUGGUUACAAAAAGGCUAGCAACAACUUUGGACAGAACGCUGGAUGCUCGUCUCAGAAUAGGACUACUUCUACGGUGCAUAAUCCAAAUCCUGAUACAUUCUUACCUAGCACUGCUCCUUUACACCCGGUGCCUAAUAAGAGAGGCCGAGGGAGGCCAAAAGGAUCAUGUAACAAGGGCCUAGCUAGUAUGGGAUACAAAAAGGCUAGACACAACAAUGGACAGGUGCCAAAUGCUAGUUGUUCGUCAGCGAAUGAGAUUAAUUAUACGGUCUCCCUAACUAAAGACCCGGUGCCAUCGAAUAAGGGCAGAGGGAGGCCAAAAGGAAGGAGUAGCAAGCGUUCUUAA